AGAUUAUGAAUCGUACUUAGUUUCUGAAAGUUUGUGUGCUCAUAUUAUUAGGAGCAGCCAUGGAAAUUAUCUCAACCAGCAGAAUGAAGAGAAGUUUUUCUUUGGUUAUGAUCAUGAUAAUUUUUUUCAUGAUUUGUGGUUCCACUAGUUCUCAAUUAACUGUAGAUUUCUACAGAAGAUCGUGUCCAAAUGUUCUCAGAAUCGUGAGGAGAGAAGUCAUCAAUGCUCUCAAGAACGAUAUGCGAAUGGCUGCUUCCCUUCUUCGCCUCCAUUUUCACGACUGCUUUGUUAGCGGUUGCGACGCGUCUGUGCUGUUGGAUGGGAGUGAUGGGGAGCAAAAUGCACUUCCCAACAUCAAUUCUCUGAGAGGGCUUGAAGUUAUGGAUAACAUCAAAGCAGUAGUGGAGAAUUCAUGUCCGGGAGUUGUAUCUUGUGCUGAUAUAUUAACCAUAGCUGCCAGAGAUUCUGUUCUCUUGAGCGGAGGACCGGCAUGGAAAGUAUUAUUGGGGAGAAGAGAUGGAUUGGUAGCGAAUAGAACAGGAGCCGAGGAACUUCCUUCUCCAUUUGAAAGCCUUGAUGGUAUCAUCAAGAAAUUCAUUCAAGUUGGGCUCAAUGUGACUGACGUCGCGGCUUUAUCUGGAGCUCAUACAUUUGGAUUUGCAAGAUGUGCGAUGUUCAACAAUAGGCUGUUCAACUUCUCAGGAAGUGAUUCUCCAGACCCAACCAUGGAGUCCAUGAUGGUAUCUGAUCUUCAAGCUCUCUGCCCUCUCACCGAUGACGGCAACAAGACCACUGUUCUCGACCGAAACUCAACCGAUUUAUUUGACAACCAUUACUACAAGAACUUGCUGAACCAAAAGGGGCUGUUGGCGUCCGACCAGAUCCUGUUCUCAAGCGAUGAAGCUCAAACCACUACAAAACCGUUGGUCGAAGCUUAUAGCUCAAACACUACGCUUUUCUUCAGCGACUUUGUUAAAGCCAUGAUCAAGAUGGGGAAUAUGAGCCCACUCACUGGCUCCAAUGGACAGAUUCGAAACAACUGCGGAAUCGUUAAUUCCUCUUAGCUACUAUAAUUCAAAUAUACUAAACCUUAACCAUCCAUCAACUAUAUAGACAUGCAGUAAUAAAUAUGAUCUACUAGUAAUACAUUAGUGUCUUGCAUUAUCUCAUUGUUUACAUUUCCUGGUGUAUUUAUAAAUAUUUUAGUUCAUUUAUGGAUAUUUUAAAGACCUUGGAAAGUUGGAGAUGUUUUCAAUAUAAAGUACAUGAAAAUAAAAUUGGCAAAAUUGCACAUGUUUGAUUUUAA